AUGGCUACAAGGUGCAAGGCUGAGGUCAUCCCUGACAGCCGCCUCUUCCCACCCAGCCUUGUGCAUUCCCAUAGAAGCCAAGUUUGGGCUUCUGCAAGGAGUGACCUCCCCGCCUGGGGUGCCUACUCAGACUUGAUUCUCUACAGCCAGAGUCCACAGGCUGCUGCCUCCUGUCUCAGUCAGUUCCAGAAUGGACAGACCAUAGAGAAAGGGCAUCUCUCCGCCCAUGCCUCUGCCAGCUCCUGGAUUAGUGGAACACUCUUGCUGUUUCUCUUCCUCUCCUUGGAGCAGACUUCAGCAUUCCUGAACAUGAGACCCAAACAAAAAGUGGGAGAGUGCCCCAGGAAGCGGUUGGAAUGCAGAACUGUGCUUUCAAGCUCCUGCACAACAGACUUCAGCUGUAAAGCCCAUCUCAAGUGCUGCCAUUUUGCCUGUAGGAGGAUCUGCAUGGAUCCUUACCAAGAGCCCUGCAUGUUACCUUCAGACACAGGACACUGUCAUGACAAUGUGACUCGCUGGUAUUUUGACUCUGAGAAGAAGCAGUGCAGAUCCUUUAGGUACAGUGGAUGUCAAGGGAAUGCCAACAACUUCCUCAGCGAGACUGACUGCAGGAAGGUCUGCAUGCACACCGUGAAGGAAGGACAGUGCCCGCUCUCCCCUUACCAAAUGAGAAUGGAUUGCCCGGACUCCUGUAAGAGUGACAGGGAUUGCCCAGAGGAUGAAAAGUGCUGUGAGUCCAGGUGUGGCUUUACUUGUGCAGAAGCCUGGCUAGAUGCCUCCUCUCAGCCUGAACAGCAACCAGGAAGAGUUAUUUCCGUAAUGGACAAGAGAGACGCUUUCAUCUUUUCAAGCACCUUUGGAUGGAGGUGCAGAUGGGCAGCCACACACUUGGUGACACAGCUAUCUAGUUAACACUUCCCUUGCCCUUCCUCCAACUGCAUCCGUGGAAUCUUCUGCUUUGUCACUGUGAUGCACGGUGUGCCUGUCCAGGUGGUCAUGGGACUUUUCCAACUCACCGAUCACCACGGACUGGGCUUGUGCCAGAAGCACAUGGCGCUACAGGCUCUGUACCAGAACACAGGGUCAAGGCGCUGCAUCUUCCCAACUUUUAACUCUUUCCGCUGCACCGUGGAGCCUGGCAUAGAGUCCCUGCAGCUUCCUCGUGGAUUCUGCAACACGCCACUCUCAGACAUGAUGACUUGA